CUGCCCGGUAGACAGCGCUGCUCCGGUGUCAACUUCGGCCUCGCUGCGGGUGAGACUGGCUGCUCGGCUGCCACGUAAUCCCAGAGACCAGUGAUAUACGGGGCGGGGGGGAGGCUGCAGCCUAAGGAAGGCAGACAGAGUGAGCUGGAAGAAGACAUAGAGUACAGGGUUUCUGGAAACUGGUGUAAAAAAAAGAAAAAGGAGCCUUGAAUACAUUUAAAAAAUAUAAACAUAUCGCCCGCUUUUACAGCUGCUGCAGGUGACAGAAGUGACAAUUCAAUCCUGCCAUACACAAGACCACCACUUUGCUCGGUUGACAGCUUUGCGUGCCUGGUCACUGUUCUUUUAGCAGAGGAUUCUUUCCAAGCCCUUGAGAGAACAAUGAGGCAGCUAAAGGGAAAGGCCAAGAAGGAAACCUCGAAGGACAAGAAGGAGAGGAAGCAGGCGAUGCAGGAAGCCCGCCAGCAGAUUGGCACUGUGGUGCUUCCAACGUUGGCUGUGGUGGUGCUUCUGAUUGUGGUGUUUGUGUACGUGGCAACCAGACCUGGUGCUAUUGAGUAACACCAAGAUACUCCCAAAACAUAAACUCAUCAUUUCCCUAAAAGGAGCAAUUCAUUACAAAGUUCCUAUACAUCUGAAUGUUUGCUGAGAAAAUAUUUCAAAUGCUUGAAAGCAUUAAUAUUUCCCUGUCAUCUAGCAGUCUUUUACAACUAUGCUUUCCUUUUCUAAUUUGAUUAAAAAAUAAAGAAGAAAACAACCAGGAGUUAGCAAGUUUACCACACAGUAUAUCAUUCUGUUCAUACGUGCCUUUUGAAAUUUCCAGUGAAUGACAUUGUCUUCGGGGAGGGAGAUGGGGUGAAGAACAAAUCUGUGUUUUGUGCGAAGAAUGUAUAUUGUAUCCCGUGUUAACAUUUUGUAUAGAGAAAAUCAUCUUGCCUGUAUUAAACUGGCUUAAUGAAUGGUAGAAUUGUCAAAUUCAUGCUUGCCAAAGGAUUCUUCCUUCAUUAUGCGGCCUCUCUUGAAAUAUGAGUGUAAUCUGAAAUGUUUAUUUUUGUGAAUAAAUCCAAAGUUUUCAUUGAAGACA